UCGUGGUUUAGUUUCGAAAAAUAAUCAAUGAAAUUAUUUAAUUAAUAGAUAAGUAGGUUAGUUAAGAAGAGUGAUAAUGCAGGGAAAGUGUGGUGGUGGUAGUGAUGCCAGGAUAAGUGGGGCGCGGGGAUUUAUUACCGUUUUUUCGGGACAAUUCGUUUUCAAAAUUAUUAUUAUUAUUGGUGCCUUAUUAGUGGUAAAAAUUGAUGGAAAAGUUUACAAAAUUGGGGAUUCUGUUGUGCUGGAAGGAGAUCCUCCUCCACGUCUACCAGGACCAUCAAUUUUUGACUAUAGGAACGAAGUCAUGAUGACCCUGCGACCCCAGCAGCAGCAGCACAGCGUCUCUACUACGUUCGACCUGACAGCGGGAAAUUCAAAAGUAAAGCGAGGCCACGAACAGGACGAUAGUUCUUCAUCUUCCUCGUCCUCCUCCGAUUCCAACCUGUCCCCCCAGCACCAUCCCCAACAGUACUUUGAACUCGCGGGGGACCAACUGCUCGUCUUCGAACCGUCCCCCAUGGGUGCGUCCCCUUUCGUGGAUGCCCUUGCCGCACACCGGAAACCAUUCGGUCGUCGCAAUAAAAAAACGAAAUUUCACCCUCCCCUGUUACCCAAUGUGAUUGUGAAAGUGGCCCAAAAUCCACUUCCGGUUUAUAAUUUUGACACGGUUAAGAUUGAACAGGUGACGCCACGGGACGCCGUGGAGGGUCCUCAGGGCGGCGGGGGGCAAGAAGCUUCCCCGGGGGACUGGUCAGCAGAAAAUAAUUUUGGCGACGACGACGGGGGUGUGGCUGCGGCCGAAUGUGUGAGUGCGAACGAGAAGGACGGACAAUGUGCGCCGUUUCAUCUUUGUUACCCCGUCGUGUUUAACGCGGUGACGGGGGAGUUGAGGAAUCACGGGUUGGCGAGGAUGCUGUACCAGGCGUCCGGACCCUGCGCCAAGAAUGAGUCCUGGUCACUGCAAACGGUCAGCGUCCAAGUGCAGCCGGGCGUUGUGAGUCAUGUUCCGUUGGAAAUCCCUUCCGACUUUUACAACCACACGGUCUGCUGUCCAGGCUACUUUUACUUCGAAAACACAAUCCCGCACCAUUACUCCCCCCCAAAGGGUGGAAAAUCUUCUCCCCCCUUGAAACCAUCCCACCCCGACCCCAUGCUACCCCCCACCCUGCGCCACGAGGGACGCUCCUUCCCCUCCCCACAAGACCCCUUCUACAUCGGACGCCAUCCUCACCGUCAUCGUCACAAUCAUCCCCUCCCCAUCCAGCAAAUGUCACUCCCUCCCCCCCACCAAAUCCUGCUCCAUCCCCACGAAAUGUUCGACUCGGACUUAUCCCCCCCGCCGGGGGAUGAAGAGGAAAACGUCGAAAAUGACGGCCAAAGAAGCCAACCGGACUAUUAUUUUGACGAAUUUUCGAACGAUUUCGACUCCUCGUACUAUACGACGCAUCAAACUCCGACGACGACGUCGACGACGACGUCGACGACGACGCCCAGCACGACCAGUUCGACGACGUUGCGACCAUUAAAACGACGAAAAACGACGCCACAACCGGCUAAUUCGACUCUUGGCGACGGCGGCGGAGCUGAGUCGAAAAGAGUGAAAGUUGUGUCGGGGAGGAAAAAUUCGACUGUUUCUGCGUCCUCCGCAGCGACCAAGGGGGGCACGACGGAGGGGGGGAAAGGGGGGACGACGUCGACGAAGAAGAGGACGAACAAAAUUUCGUCGUCGAAAGCGCAGGGUGGAAUUGGAAAUCAUAAAGUGAAAUCGGAACCGUUGCCCCCGGUCGUUAUAGAACCGCCGCAUUUGAGCGCGUGGAAUUGUCCGGGUAGGACGAUGACGAUGCCGAGGGGGCAUUGGCCCUGGAUGGUGGCUCUGCUGAAUGAAGGAAGUCAUUUUUGUUCGGGAUCGCUCAUAGAUCAUCGUCACAUUCUGACCAGCGCGUCGUGUGUUGCAUCAAUUCAGGGGACGGAUAUUGGGAAAAUGCGUGUAAUUUUGGGUGACCGAGUCCUCUACUCUUCCAUUGACGGGCCACACCUGUGGAGAAAAAUUGUACGAAUUACUCGGCACAUUCAGUACAAUUCGGAAUCGAUGGAGCACGACGUGGCCAUCCUGGAAAUGGAAAACGCCGUAACUUUCACCCCGAAUAUCCAGCCGAUAAAUUUGCCCUCGUCCUCGAACAAAGGUCACACCGACAAAGCGAUCGUGUCCGGUUGGUCGGGGGCCGAUUUGGGGAAGCGUUUCUUCUCCCCGAGACCCGCGGUAGACUCCGUCGUGGAAUUUAUGGAUAGGGAAGACUGCCACAAAAGAUUUGAAGGUUUCAAAUCCGAAAAAUCCCUUCCGGAUGAUAUCAUUUGUACGAAACCGUCCGCUACUUCGUGCAAGGCCGAUCUCGGAGCCCCGCUGAUGAUGAAGACGGGCAAUUGUUGGCACGUGAUUGGCAUCUUGAGUCAUGGCCUCGGCUGUGGAACAUUUCCCGAAAUAUUUACCGAUACUCAGAAAUAUAUUAAUUGGAUUCAGAAAAAUAUUCGGCAACACUUCCCAAUUCAGGACACCUUCCUUAAAACAUAGUUUCCCGUUUUAGCUUGAGUCUUAUGUAUUUUGUGUAAAUUUAUUUGUACAAAAGCUGACGUUGGUCGAGAAAUAAUUAUAAUAAUUAUGCAAAUUAAGCUUAUUAUGCAAAUAUUUACUGUACAAUUAAAUGUAGCAAUUUAUGUAUUUGAUGAUAUGGAAAUAGAACUUCGGAAAAGUAACGCUUCUGCUAUUAUUAACUAUUAUUAUUAUUUUUAAUUGUGGUUAAAAAUUGCGAAGGAGAUUUUCGUGGGGACACCGAAUUUGCAAAAAAAUAUCAAUAAAUUAAAUUGUAAAGUUGAAA